GGCCCACGUCCCGGCCUUGCGAGGCACACGGGGGUGGGGUUCGGGGAACCGAGGGCGGAGAGAGCGCGGGAGAGGGUCGCAUCGCUUCCCGCCGCUGUGCCCGCGCAGCCCCGCACCCGCCCCUCCUGCUGGGACCUCCACCGGGAAGGGAACCGCCCCAGGGAGAAGGCUGUGCGGACCUGAGCCCGGCUGCCGCCCCAAUUACUCUGCUCCCAGAUCACCCUGGUGGUGCCGGGCAGCGUUUCCUCCACCUGGUAUUAGAGCGGCGAGGCGGGCAUUGGGGGCGAUGGCGGUGACGAUGCUGCGGGACUGGUGCCGGUGGAUGGGCGUUAGUGCCCGCAGGGCCCUGCUCGUCCUGGGCAUCCCGGAGGACUGCGACGAAGCGGAAGUGCAGGACUCCCUGGAGGCCGCCUUGUGGCCCGUGGGCCACUUUGCCGUGCUGGGGAAGGUGUUUCGCGAGGAGGAUCACGCCACUGCCGUCUUGGUGGAGCUCGACCAGGAAGUCAACUAUGCUUUGGUUCCCAGGGAAAUCCCUGGAAACAGGGGUCCCUGGAAUGUGGUGUUCGUGCCCCGGUGCUCGGGCGAGGAGUUUCUCAACCGAAUGUUCCACUUCAUCGAGCAGCAGGGGGAGAGCGUGGAGAGCGUGGCGGGAGCCCUGGGGCUGGGGCUGCGCGGGGUGUGCUGGCUCCGCCCAAUCAGCCAGGCGGUGCAGCCCUGGGUGGAGACGGUGGGCUACCAGCGCCUGGGCGUGUUUUCCGGGAGGGAGGAGCCGGCCCCGGGGGAGGAAUCCUUUGAAGCCUGGGUCGUCCACGCCAGCGACAUGCUGCAUGUGUGGCAAGGGGUGUCGGAAAGGGAGAGGAGGAGGAGGCUCCUGGAGGGCUUGCGCGGGACCCCCCUGCAGCUGGUGCACGGGCUCCUGGCGGAGAACCCCGCCAGGACGGCGCAGGAGUGCCUGGCGGCCCUGGUGCAAGUGUUCGGAGACAACGAGUCCAUGGCGGCGACCCGGAUGAGGUGUUUGACCGCUCGCCAGAAGUCAGGCGAGCGCCUGUCAGCUUACGUGUUGCGCCUGGAAGUCCUGCUGCAGAAAGCCGUGGAGAAGGGGGCCCUGGCCAGAGCCUCGGCAGACCCCGUGCGCCUGAGGCAGGUGCUCACCACCGCCGCCCUGGCGGAGCCGCUGGACCAAGCGCUGAGGAAGCUGAGGAUGGUGGGGAGGCCGCCCAGCUUUCGGGAGAUGCUGGGGCUCGUUCGGGAGGCAGAGGCAUGGGAGGCCAGGCUAGCCAGGGGGGAGACAGCCCAGGGGGAGGGAAGGGCUCAGGCUGAGGCCGGAGCUGACAGAGAUGCCGAGGAUGACAGGGUAGCAGAGGACGACGCCCAUCACCUGCCUCCUGCGGGCAUGGGUCAGGCAGGGCCGGCAGAGGACCCUGUGGCCAGUGGGGGCACCGCCCCGCCCCAGGUGGGCAGUGUUUCUGGGGCAGGCCCCAGGGGUCGUGGCCAUGGGCCUGAGGGCCUGGCCCAGGCAGGAAUCGGCGAGGCCGAGGAGACCCCCGAAGAGGAGUCGGGAAAGGCAGGCGGGGCUGGGGGGGUGGGCCACCCCGAGUGCCCCUCGUGCAAAUAGGCUCCGAAGGCCCAGGGCCCCCUGGUUCCCCCCUCCUGCACGGGGCCCUGGCCACCCCCCUGAGCCCUCCCAAGGGGCCCAGGUGACAA